CUCUUCCGCCUCUCCUGUCCGAACGCCGGUAUAUGAUUGGCUGCUGCGGCGCGCUUCCUCCUUUUCCCCCUCGGCCUCGGGAGGUGCUGCCAAGAUGAAUGAUACCGUGACCAUCCGGACGAGGAAGUUCAUGACGAACAGGCUGCUUCAGCGUAAGCAGAUGGUUAUCGAUGUCCUUCAUCCCGGGAAAGCCACGGUCCCCAAAACUGAGAUCCGCGAGAAGCUGGCCAAAAUGUACAAGACGACCCCCGACGUCAUUUUUGUCUUUGGCUUCAGGACUCACUUUGGGGGUGGGAAGACAACCGGCUUCGGCAUGAUCUACGAUUCCCUGGACUACGCCAAGAAGAAUGAGCCAAAGCAUCGCCUGGCCAGGCAUGGCCUGUAUGAAAAGAAAAAGACUUCUAGAAAACAGCGCAAAGAGCGUAAGAACAGGAUGAAGAAAGUCAGGGGCACAGCUAAAGCAACCGUUGGAGCCGGCAAGAAGAAAUGAAGUGCCUGGCAGUAAGCCAGCCAGUGGAUUUCACAGAACAGCUGAAUUAUCCUGGUGGAAAAUACGUGCUGAUUUAGUAGCAGAUCUUCAAAUAAAUUUUAUAAGAACUAA